CUUUAUCUCGUUGUCAUUCGAUGAACACACCUCGUCAUGCAAUCGUGAAAGGUCCGCAUUGACGACAUCGCAUGGCCUACACACACGACAAAAUGUCACAUCCCUACAGAGCAUUCGCUUUGCGGUCUCUCACUCGUCCAACACUCAGCCCUCACACACCUAACACAGAAAACAGACCUCUCUGCUCCUAACUCAUGGGAACUAAUUGCCGCCCGCCGCCACGAGCAUUUCCUUGCCCUGCCUUUCCUUGAUGACCUCCCUCUCAAAUCUGUUGGCAUCCCCCAUCAGCUGGCCCUCGAUAAACCUCGACAGCCAUGCCGUUCGGAAGAUCCGCGACACGAACCCCGGGAUGGAAUAAGCCACGCUCAUGCGCAUGAGACAGGAGGGCUGGUAGGGAUCGCUAGCCGUGGACGGCAGGAACUCGACCUUGCCCCGGUUGGCGACGGCCCCUCUGCCCGGUAUGGACUCCCACGCGAUGAUGUGUGGCCGCUGCUCGAUGAUGUUGCGCGCCUCGAAGGAAAGCGUGAUGCCCAGCUUCCGCAGGGUCCAUUUCGAUAUCCUCGCUGACUCAUCUAUCCACUCAACGUGCCUAUAUAUACCAAACAACACAGACAGGUGAUCCACCCACUGCACUGCCCUGCGAAGAAGGAAUCUUUCUCUCUGGUCACCUGAAGAGCCCGGACCAGCGCGGAUGCAUCGGGAGCUGGCAGUAGAGAUCAAAAGCCUCCUCACGCGUCGCGUUGAUCUCCUUGGCCACCGUGUGCUCUAUCCAUGGCCGCUCGGGCGAGUGCACCGCCGGGGUGGCGCCUUCUGCCGUCUGAGUGUCGGGCAUCUUGGCUCUGUGGGCCCGCGAAGGCCUCAGCUGGCUCCACGACGGCCGGAUCUGCCGCAGGAAGGAUGUGCGCAGGAAUGAUGACGGCGAAAUGGAUGCCAGAGUCAGUGGAAGAAGAAACGCCUGCGGGCACACCAUGAGGCCAGGAGAAGCGCGAGAAGGGGGAG